UGGAGACCAAACGACUUUGAUUUUUCUUUUUCUUUUUCCGCGAUUUACCGAAGACUUUUGUUCAAUCUUUUCCUUUUGAUCUUCUCUCGUAGCAGCUCGCCAUGUCGGCAAAAACUGUUAAGGUCAGUAAUGUUUCCUUGGGAGCAAAUGAGAGAGACCUCAAGGAGUUCUUCUCCUUUUCUGGUGAUAUUGAAUAUGUUGAAAUGAUAAGUGAUAAUGAACGGUCUCAAAUUGCAUAUGUUACCUUCAAGGACGCACAAGGAGCGGAGACUGCAGUCCUCCUUUCGGGAGCUACAAUUGUUGAUAUGUCCGUGACAAUUACUCUAGCUCCAGAUUAUGAGCUACCACCUGAUGCUUCAGCACCUCCCGUGACAGAAAAUAAGACUCCUGAAGGUGGUGAUUCUGCUCUUCGGAAAGCGGAGGAUGUGGUUUCCGGCAUGCUUGCAAAAGGCUUUAUAUUGGGCAAAGAUGCUGUUAACAAGGCAAGGAACUUUGACGAAAAGCACCAGCUGACAUCCACAGCCUCAGCCAAAGUUAUUUCUUUUGACAAAAAAAUUGGUCUGACUGACAAAAUAAGUGCCGGUACUUCUUUGGUGAGUGACAAAGUUCGUGAAGUGGAUCAGAAGUUUCAGGUUUCAGAAAAAACCAAAUCCGCUUUUGCGGCUGCUGAGCAAAAAGUUAGCGAUGCUGGGUCUGCCAUAAUGAAAAAUCGUUAUGUCUUCACCAGUGCCUCUUGGGUUACGGGUGCUUUCAACAAGGUCACAAAAGCUGCCGGAGAAGUUGGCCAGAAGACAAAAGAGAAAGUGGGAAUCGUCGAAGAGGAAGAGAAGAGGAAAAUGGUGGAUGACUAUGCUCAAGUUCAUCUCUCCGACUCUCCUACCAAAGCAUCGGCUCCAAGUGAGCAGCAGAAGUCCAAGCCUGAACCUGCUCAAGGUUUGAUCCUUUGAUUUGCACUUCUGUAAAUUCCUUUGAACGUUUGGAUUCAGUUGUCUUUUCAUAGAUUUAUUCUUCUAGCAUGAAGUGGCGAGUGUAGGAGACUUACCCAAUUAGUUGGAUUACAUACAAUUGCUAUUUUAUGUUUUUACCUUCCUUUUUUCUCUUUUUCUUUUUUAUAGAUGUCAAUAAGUAAAACUUUUGUAA